UUAUAUUCAUGCUUCCAACCAAUCCAAGAGUUAUUCUAUUCUUCAUUUUUUUGCAGAAACCUAUGCUCCAAAUCUGGUGAAAAUGGCUUCUCUGCCUUUCCACCAUAUUGUAUGGAAGAGAGUAAACAUAUCUGCAUCAAAAAAGCUGAACCAUCUCGAAUUCACCACUUUUGUCUUGCUUAGUUCUGGAAUAAUCUGACAAGAAAAUUAGACGCGAUCGGAUCCAGUCGAUUACGGCCUUCGCCCAACUCUUAAUAUGUGCAUGCCGAACCAUUCGCGGUUAACAAAACUUUCGCUCUUUUCAGUGCUGAGAAAUGUUUUCCAGUAGACUCAGUCUACUAUGCCAGUUUGCAUAUGGACAUAUAUAUAUAUAUAUAUAUAUAUAUAUAUUAUGAAUAAUUUUAUCUGCUAAUAUCCUGCCAAGAGCAUCCCUGGCAGUGUCUCUGAUUGGAUUCUUUUUCUAAAUAAGAUCCCUCUCUCUCUCUCUCUUUCUCCCCUUCCUCGUCCUCCUUCUUUUUCAUCCCAUAUGCUGAUAUUCUCACUCACUGCAGCUCUGACCAACCCAUAGUUUCAUCCCCCCAAACAAAGAGCUCUGCUGAUAGAUUUUACUUGCAGUUUGGGCUAAAAGUUUAGAGGGAAAAAGAAAUGCAAGAUCCAAUCGGGAUUCCGGCUUGCUUCUCCUUAGGCGAGAAGCUCAGCGAUGACCCGGCGGCUGUCACAAGGUCGGGGCAGAGCGUGUUCAUGUCUGUCUAUCGCACGAAAGUUGCUGAUCAGUGCAGAUUAAUCACCAUCACUUGGUGCAAGAACCUGAUGCUCCAUGGCCUCUCCGUGUCGGUGGAAGGCCUCAACAGGGAGAACCAGCAGACCUGCAAAGUCGAGCUCAAGCCGUGGUACUUUUGGAGGAAGCACGGGUCGAAGAGAUUCACGGUGGAUGGGAAGUCUGUGGAUGUCUUCUGGGACCUUAAAGCCGCUAAAUUCAAUGGAGAAGCGGAACCGAGCUCCGAGUACUACGUGGCUGUCGUGUGCGAUGAGGAGGUCGUGCUUCUUGUCGGGGACCUGAAGAAGGACGCCUACAGAAAGACCGGGUGCAGGCCUGCUCUUAUCGAGCCCAUCCUCGUCUCGAAGAAGGAACAUAUAUUUGGUAAGAAGAAGUUCUCUACACGGGCUAAGUUUUACGAGAAGGGCAAGUUUCACGAGAUUUCCAUCGAGUGCAAGAAUCGUGCCACCAGUGGAAACAAUAGCAAUGGAAGUAGCGGCUCUCUGAAUGGCGUCGAGCCCGAAAUGGAGAUAAGGAUCGACGGGAAUUUAGUAGUUCAUGUCAAGCACCUCCAGUGGAAGUUCAGAGGCAACGAGUCCAUCUUCGUCAACAAGCUCAGGGUCGAAGUAUACUGGGAUGUUCACGACUGGCUCUUUAGUCCGGGGCUGAGGCACGCACUGUUCAUUUUCAAGCCGGUUCUAUCGUCGAUUUCUCCAUCAGCUAUUAUGUCUCCCCUGUCAUCAUCUCACACAGGAAGUUCCGGCUCAGCCGAGACGCUAGGCACGUCAGAGUUCUCCUUGUUUCUCUAUGCUUGGAAGGUAGAAUGAUAGAUACGGCAAAUGAACAAUUUAAGCCUAACAGAUUUAAUAGAAAGGACCACACGCAAGUCUGUGCCUUUUUACAAAAGGUUUUGUCCAUGCUCGAUUAACGUGUUGGGCUGUGACCGAUUCAGUCCGUCGUCGUGAUAAACCUACGGAAACGGUAUACAAGGGGCAUGUGAUGGACCAGCAAGAACGAGAAGAUGAGAGUGGUUAGAGUGCAGUUGGAUUUGGGAGAGAGAGGAGAGGAAUGGGGCAGGCUGAUUGGAUGGGCAUGAACAGCUGGGAAUUGAGCAAGUUGGGGCAAAACUGGACAAAGACAGAUUGGAUCACUUACAUAUUUGCCUCAAUGGCGUCCCCAUCAAUCCAUCUACCUAUCUAGAGGUGUCUCCUUCUAACAAAUUGGAUGCUCUCUCUCUUGAUCUGAUCUUGAUAAUUGCGAAAUAUAGAUUUUUUUCCUCAUAUUUUAAGUCUUCCAACCAAUACUGUGUUGCUAUUUCUCUGAAUUAUAUAUAUAUAUAUAUUAUUAAUGUAUACAAUCAUACAUGAGAAUUUGAGGAUAGGUUUUACAAGCUAGUGAAUGUCUGUAUCUGGCAAUGACAAUGCCUAUGCAUGUGAUGGGGAAGAGGAGCUGUUUCUUGUCGGGUUCUCUUGUGUGAAGCUUCCCCAGUUUUGAACACCAGAUAAUUGAUUAUGGAAGGUGGGAUCAUCAGAUCAGAUCAAAAGGAUCAAGAACUGAUGAACGUUACCGAGAUAUGAACUUGUAAUGUUUGGGAUUAGAAUUCUUGCUUGCAUGAAAGAAUGAUUCUGCAUAUGACCACGAUUUGAGUUCAUUAA